GAGUGCCGGACCUGCCCCUAUCAAUAUGUUCUGGAACAAAGUUACUUCGAGAAAACAGAGAUGAAGCAGAAAGAAGUGGAGGAUGUCUUUGGCGGGAAGGAAGAAUUUGCGAAUGCCGAUAGCAUGGCUACCCAGUGCCCCGCCGAGAACUGCAAUGGCGACCGUGCAUAUUUCUUCCAGCUGCAGAUUCGAAGUGCAGAUGAACCUAUGACUACAUUCUUGAAGUGUACCAGCUGUGGUGCCCGAUGGAGAGAAAACUGA